AUGAUAGCUAUUCGUUUGCUAGUAACACUUUUGGUUCCAUUUUUACUUGCUUCUUUUGUUUCCUCAUAUUCCACCAAUGAACUUAAAUUAUGGUGUAACCAAACCCCUAACCCUCAACCUUGUGAAUAUUUCUUGAACAAUAACCCUUCUUACCAACACAAACUCAUCAAACAAAAAUCUGAUUUCUUCACACUUUCAUUACAACUUGUUCAACAAAGAGCACUCAAAGCCCAUGCAAACACUCUUUCAUUACGUUCAAAAUGCACUAACUCACGUCAAAUAUCUGCUUGGGCUGAUUGUGUUGACCUAUAUCAACAAACCAUCCUUAAACUCAACAAAACCCUAGACACUAAAACUAAAUGUUCUCAAGUUGAUGCUCAAACAUGGCUAAGUACCGCUCUCACAAAUCUUGACACAUGUCAAUCUGGAUUCUAUGAACUUGGUGUUCAAGACUAUGUCCUUCCUCUCAUGUCCAACAAUGUUACUAAAUUGCUAAGCAAUACUUUAGCUCUUAACAAAGUUCAAUAUCAAGAACCAAGCUACAAAGAUGGUUUCCCAACAUGGGUUAGACCAAGUGAUAGAAAGUUGUUACAAACAUCUUCGUCUUCUCAGCCUAAUGCAGUAGUGGCAAAAGAUGGAUCCGGAAAAUACACAACAGUUAGUGCAGCUGUAAAUGCUGCACCGAAGAAUAACAAAGGAAGAUAUGUUAUACAUGUCAAGGCUGGUGUUUACAAUGAACAAGUUGAAAUCAAAGCAAAGAAUAUCAUGUUGGUAGGAGAUGGUAUUGGAAAAACUAUAAUCACCGGCAGCAAAAGUGUUGGAGGAGGAACCACGACUUUUCGUUCAGCCACAGUUGCUGUGGUUGGGGAUGGAUUUAUUGGUCAAGAUAUAACAUUUAGAAACACCGCUGGUGCAAGUAACCAUCAAGCUGUUGCACUGCGUUCUGGAUCAGACUUGUCUGUAUUUUAUAGAUGUAGUUUUGAAGGUUAUCAAGACACACUAUAUGUACAUUCAGAUAGACAAUUCUACAAAGAAUGUAACAUUUACGGCACAGUUGACUUCAUAUUUGGUAAUGCUGCUGCAGUUUUCCAAAACUGUAACAUAUUUGCAAGAAACCCUCCAAACAAAGUUAACACAAUUACUGCACAAGGUAGAAUGGAUCCAAAUCAAAACACUGGUAUUUCCAUUCACAAUUCUAGGGUUACCGCUGCUUCGGAUUUGAAACCUGUUCAAGGUUCUGUGAGGACUUAUCUUGGAAGACCAUGGAAGCAAUAUUCCAGGACAGUUUUUAUGAAGAGUUCUCUUGAUAGUUUGAUUCAUCCAACUGGUUGGUUGGAAUGGAGUGGUGAUUUUGCAUUAAGGACUUUAUACUAUGGUGAGUACAUGAACACUGGUCCUGGUUCUUCUACAAGAAACCGAGUGAAAUGGCAAGGUUAUCAUGUGAUGAAUAGUGCUUCUGAAGCAUCAAAAUUUACUGUUUCAAAUUUCAUUGCUGGAAACUCAUGGUUACCUGCAACCAAAGUGCCUUUUACAUCUACUCUUUAA